AUGGAGGCCGUGCGCAAGUUGAUCGAUGGUCACAUUGACUUUCAAGGUCAACGUUUGGCCGAUCGGAUCAUGCAGGAGGGUCUCGUUCUAGGCGCUACAGUAGCGUUCUUGCUGGGAUACUUGACACAGAACAUGCAGCUUUGCAUGCUAACGUUUGCUGCGAGCACGUUGGUUGUUGCUCUGGUAACCGUCCCCGCUUGGCCAAUGUACAAAAAACACCAUGUCAAAUGGCUCCCUUCUUCGUCCUCGUCUACGUCUUGA